UUCCUCGCCCUCCCUAUUAGACCCAUCCGAAGGGAGCCACUAUGGUGGUCGCCUCCAAGGCAUCACUCUCUCUGCUGCCCCUCAGGAGCUCCUCUGGUAUCUCGUUCUCUUGUCGACCAUCCUCCACGUCGAUCUCUUGGGGACGAUCCUGCACGCCAAUGGCAUCUCUCAGCGUCGCGUCGGCGCCUGCGAUCUCCGAGAUCUUCUCCCGGUUGAAGGAGAAAAAUAAGGUUGCAUUUAUUCCCUUUAUUACUGCUGGAGAUCCUGAUCUAUCCACGACAUCAAAAGCACUUAAAGUUCUUGAUUCUUCCGGAUCAGACUUGAUAGAAUUAGGGAUUCCCUAUUCUGAUCCAUUGGCAGAUGGGCCUGUAAUCCAGGCGGCUGCCACACGGGCUCUGGCAAAAGGCACAAAUUUUGAUGGAGUUAUCUCAAUGUUAAGUGAGGUUGUACCUGAACUUUCAUGUCCAAUUGCUCUCUUUACAUAUUACAAUCCAAUUCUGAAGCGGGGAAUCGAUAAGUUCAUGUCUAUUAUAAAAGAUGUUGGUGUUCGGGGGCUUGUGGUGCCUGAUGUCCCUUUAGAGGAGACUGAGAAUUUAAGAAAGGAAGCUGUUAGGCAUAAAAUUGAGCUGGUGCUUCUUACAACACCUACCACCCCAACAGAAAGAAUGAAAGGAAUUGUACAAGCUUCACGAGGAUUUGUUUACUUGGUUAGCUCUGUUGGAGUUACUGGUGCCCGUACAUCUGUUAGUUCACGUGUGCAAUCUCUCCUGCAAGAGAUUAAAGAGGCCACAACUAAACCAGUUGCCGUUGGCUUUGGCAUAUCUAAACCAGAGCAUGUGAAACAGGUAGCUGGAUGGGGAGCUGACGGUGUGAUCGUUGGUAGUGCAAUAGUGAAACUUUUAGGCGAGGCGAAAUCCCCAGAAGAAGGGCUGAAAGAGCUUGAAUCCUUCACUAGGUCCUUGAAGGCUGCUCUGCCCUGAGACUGAGAUUUCUUCAGUCUCAAUAGAGUUAUUUAGGAAUUAGCAUGUAAAUUGGCUCCAUCAAGAAACAACUUAACAUGCAAAAUGAGUGGAAUUCUCCUAGUUUUGUAUUAACACUAUUAAAUUUCUUACCUUCUUAUUGUUGUUAGCAAGUAUAAGAUGUUUGACAUUAUCUUA